AUGUGUUUCAUUCGAGGAUGUUUUCAUCCAGGUGCAAACACUUUAGCACCUUUAAAGGGUUUUAAUGACAAACAAAUGACGGGAUGGCAAUUGAUUCGUCGAAUAUUGAGGUAUAUAUGGCCUGAGGAAAAUUGGUUGAUCAAAAGGCGAGUAAUCAUAGCACUGGUACUACUGAUUGCUGCCAAAAUAUUGAACGUUAUUGUGCCUUUUUUAUUAAAAGAUGUGAUUAAUUUUUAUAACGACAAAGCUCCAACUUUCUUAAAACUGGGUGUAGAAUCACCUGUCCAGUCUACUGCGACUAUUGGAAUAUCAUUAAUUUUCGCAUAUGGUUUUGCUCGAGCUGGAUCCGCUUUUUUCAAUGAAUUGCGUAAUGCUGUUUUUUCUCGCGUUGCACAACAUAGUGUAAGAAGUAUUGCUCGUAAUAUAUUUCUGCAUUUACAUUCAUUGGAUUUGUCGUUCCAUCUAAAUCGGCAAACUGGUGCAUUAUCAAAGGCAAUCGAUCGCGGAACACGUGGACUGGCUUUUGUUUUAAAUGCCCUAGUUUUUAAUGUUAUACCAACGAUGGUUGAAGUUUGCAUGGUUACGGGUAUUUUCUACAUUAAUUGUGGCGCGGACUUUGCGCUUGCUACUUUGGGUUGCUUAUCAACCUAUUCAAUAGCGACAUUAGGUAUAACUCGUUGGAGGACCAAAUUUCGGCACGAAAUGAAUCAAGCAGAUAAUGAUGCAGGAAAUCGUGCGAUUGAUUCUCUAAUAAAUUAUGAAACCGUCAAGUAUUUUAAUAACGAAUUAUUGGAAGCUAAUCGUUAUGAUCAUUUUUUGAAAAAGUACGAAGUGGCUGCGCUGAAAACAACAACGUCACUCGCUUUACUAAAUUUCGUUCAAAACGCUAUUUUUAGCGCUGGUUUAAUUAGCGUUAUGUGCCUUGCUGCAGCUAAUAUCGAAAGCGGAGCAAUGACAGUAGGUGAUUUGAUAUUGGCCAAUACAUUACUUUUUCAACUAUCGGUACCACUCAACUUUUUGGGUUCAGUUUAUCGCGAAAUUCGUCAAGGACUUAUUGAUAUGCAGUUGAUGUUUUCAUUAUUAUAUUUGAAGAGUAGUAUCAAGGAAAAACCAAGUGCGCCGCCGUUAAAUAUAUCUUUCGCUGAUUCAACCAUAGUUUUUAAAGAUGUGAGCUUUAGUUAUGUUCCAGGGAAAGAAAUUCUUAGGGGAUUAUCAUUUGAAGUUCCAGCUAGAAAGAAGGUCGCUAUUGUUGGUGGUAGUGGUUCGGGUAAAUCCACAAUAGUUCGUCUUCUCUAUCGUUUGUUUGAUGCUGAAAAAGGAGAUAUUUUAAUUAAUAAUCAAAAGAUUACUGACGUGCAACUUGAAAGUGUACGAAAAGCUAUUGCUGUCGUUCCUCAGGAUUCAGUACUUUUCCAUGACACCAUCUUCUACAAUUUGCAGUAUGGAAAUCCGAAUGCUACUGAACAAGAAGUAUACAAUGCUGCUAAAAUGGCCAACCUUCAUCAGUCAGUAUUAAGCUUUAACGAAAAAUACAAUACAGUUGUAGGCGAACGAGGUUUAAAACUUAGUGGUGGAGAGAAACAACGCGUUGCAAUAGCACGAGCUUUGUUAAAGGAUUCACCGAUUAUAGUUUAUGAUGAGGCAACUUCUUCGUUAGAUGCUUUAACUGAAGAAAAUAUUAUGUCUGCUAUGCGCAGUGUUACUGAAAAGAGGACAUCAUUGUUUAUCGCACAUAGAUUGGCCACAAUCGUUGAUGCUGAUAUCAUAUAUGUAUUGGAAAAAGGACAAGUAUUUUGA